UGAUGGCGUGAGUUUACAGUUUAGUCAGCAGAGUGGGGGUUUUCUGUGAAUCGUGACGAAAAAUGGUUGCUACAUAGGUCGCAGAUAAACCUCAGUGCUAUUUUAGUUGUUUUUUCGAGGAUUUAUUUUGAUUUAAAAGUGUCCCAGUGCUCCUGGCCGACGUACGAUGGCCCACGGACUGAAUUCGGUGAUAAAAAGGAGCGUGGCGGGCGCGAAUUGCAAAACGGAGGGCAAAGGCAUCGGAUCACGUCGCAUAUUCGCCCCUCACUUCAAACUCCAAGUGUUGGAUUCCUAUCGCAACGACGCCGACUGCAAGGGCAACCAGAGGGCCACCGCCAGGAAGUAUGGAAUCCACCGCCGCCAGAUCCAGAAGUGGCUGCAGGUGGAGAACACGCUGAGGAGCAGCGUAAGUGCCAAGGAGAAAUCGAGCCGCGGCGAGCGCGGUCCCGAGGUUAGAAAAUGCGACUUCGAGGCGGUGGCCUUGAGCAGCGGCAGACAGCGGGACGACGAGCCGAGACCGCGGAGCGCCAGCGCGGCCGAGCAGCGGGUUCCGGCGCUAGCGCAGAGCCCUUCGGCGGCCCCCUGGACGGGGGGCGCCCCCCUGCCCCUGGACUUCACCACGCACAGCCGCGGCUCGCCCCCCUCCCCCGCCGACCCCUCGGCGCCAAUGGACCUGUCUUUCAAGAGACCUACUUCCCCGAGCGCACCUGCGAGCUACGCGCCCCCCUCCCCACCGCCGCCGCCGUCAGCGUCGCCCAGUCUGGCGCGGCCUCACCCAGAUGUUUGGGACCUGUCCACCAAGAGCCUGAAGAGGAAGUGCGACGAUUUCACAUCGCCCAAGCCCGUCAAGCUGUUCAAGCCGUACCUGGACGACGUCGGCGAGGAGUGCCCCGCGUCCGUCGUCAAACUGGAGCCCGCCAUGCCGUGCUGUUCGGCAGCGCAGGGGUGCGAGGCCUUCUAUUACAACAACAACAACAACAACGUCGUUUGCGACAUCAAAGCCGACUACAAUACCUACACGUUGCUCGAACUGCAGCCGAAAUCCGCCGCGAGCUAUUAUUACCACCCUUCGUACCCGAGUUACUCGCCGGGCGAUUACGAAAUCGGCGGCAAUUAUUGCGGCGGGUACGAGGACGUCGGGUACGGGCAGGGUUUGGCGCCGCUCAAACAGAGGCAGAGCUACAGCUUGGAUUUUAAACUGAGCGCCAUCGAUUGCUAUUACCAGGAUUCGGUGUGUAAGGGAAAUCAGCGCGCCGUGGCUACGAAAUACAACGUCCAUCGCAGGCAGAUACAGAAGUGGCUCAAGCAGGCGGAAGAGUUGCGGCUGAGGGACGAGACUAUGAAGCAGAUGCAUACCGUCAGGUAGGAGCGACGUUCCGCUGUCGCGUAGUUUAAAAGCCGGGAGUCUACUAGAUUUUAAAUUUUAGGGGAACGCGGGCGACCGGACACGCCCGCGAAUUACAUAUCCUACUUGCUACUACGUAUUUUUACGACUUGUAUAUUUGCCUUAACGUUAAAAUGGGUGCUAACUUUACAAAAAUAUUGCUCAGAUAGUAAUCGUAACUGUGCCUUGUAGAUUUUAAGACGAAUCGUGCCAAAUGAGAUGGGAGGCAGCUAUUUUGGAUACCUGAAAAUUGCAAUACUUUCUCGACCGAUUUUAAAUUCAGUUCUUGUCUUCCUUUUUUGCCAUAUAUACAUUGUAUUCAGUUGGAUUGGCGCCAAUGCCAAAACAUAUUUAUUAUUUAUUUUUAAUCUUGUACAGACCUUAGGCUCUAUAUAAUUAUAUAAAGUACUGGAGUUUGCAAUUAAUAAUGUGAUUUUAGGGAUUAAUUUACGUUUACUUUGAACAUUUGUAUAUAUUAGUUGUGUAACGGAGGGAAUAUUGUGACCUUACGCCGCGAUGUAGGUUGUGAGAAUUUUUCUGGAGAAUUGUUUUAUCGACUCCCCCGUAUAUCGUCAGCAGAGCUGACGCUCAAAACUUUUUAUAGAUAUUGUAUUAUUUUAUAUGAGAUAUUUUAUAGA